AGUUAUUUCAAUUCUCUUUCAUUAAACAUGACUGUCAUUCACUUAUAUAAGUUACCACUUUCAUUCACAUGAUUUGUUCCUCUUUCUUUUUCCCUUUCUAUUUUCUUCUUUUGAUCAUCUAGUUCCUCUUGACACAUUAAUUCUUAACUUAGCUCCCUUAUUUGUUUCUUUUUUGUUUAAAACCAUUAAUUCUUUCUCUUGGGAUUUGUGAGCAACAGAAUAUGCAUAUGAUAUGGGAAUCUGAGUUGCUACUCAUCAUUUAUCACUUUUGAAGAGAGAGAAACUAACUAGCCUUUCACAUAUCCAUGGCCAAAGCACCACCAGUGCUUACCAGACUCCAAAACCAUAGCCCCAAGAAAGCCCAUAAACAACACUCUAUGUCGCCACUUUGCCUCUCCAUCUUCCUCCUAGUCACCUGUGUCGCUCUCUUUACUCUCUUCCAAAUCCAAUCCCUCCACACCCCACCUUCUUCUUCAUCACCAUGGUUUCUUAUGCAUCAGUGGCAGAAAGUCACCACCAGCACCCAGGAACUCACGUCCAUGGCUGAAAAGCUUAGGCAAGCAGUCACGUUUCUCCCACUUAAGGAUUUGCGUUACCAAGAAAAGGCCCUGCAAGGCCACACAUGGUUCAUGAGCUCCAUGUAUGAUACUCGUGAAGAAGGUGAGGUACAAUACCAGCAGUUUCCUUCACAAUCCUCUAAUGGUAGGCUACUUUGCUUGAAAGGACGUGAUACCCACGAUGGGUCUUGGAAUUCCUAUGCCUUAGCUUGGCCUGAAACCCUACCUUUCAAUGCUACUCUCCUGAAAGGUUUAACCUUUGUGUCAUAUAACCAUUACAACUAUGAUAAUAUCUGGCAUGGGUUAUCUGCUGUGGUACCAUUUGUUGCGUGGCAUAUAAGAAAUGAGUGUGAAUCUCCUAGCAGAUGGAUUUUGUACCAUUGGGGUGAGCUUAGGUUCAAAAUGGGUGCAUGGCUAAGGACCCUGACUGAGGCAACAUUUGAUGGAGAACCAUUUAUUGAAGGAUUUGAAUGGGCUAAUAAUAGUGAGCCAAUUUGCUUUGAAAAAGCUGUGGUGAUGAGGCAUAAUGAGGGUGGCAUGUCAAGGGUGAGGAGGAUGGAGACUUAUGAUUACAUGAGGUGUAAGGCUAGGGCUUAUUGUAAUGUGAGCUUGGAAGAUGCAAGAAUCAAUAACAAGGGAUUGCCAGGAAUUGGGUUGACCUUAUUUAUGAGAACAGGUCCCAGAUCUUUCAGGAAUGAGUCUGCAGUGAUUGGCAUCUUUGAAAAGGAGUGUGCAAAGGUAGAGGGUUGCAAGUUGAUGGUGGCCUACUCCAAUAAUCUUACUUUCUGCGAGCAGGUGAAGCUGAUGAGCUUGACAGAUAUUCUAGCAUCACCCCAUGGUGCUCAAUUAACCAACAUGUUCCUAAUGGACAGAAAUAGCAGUGUGAUGGAAUUCUUCCCAAAAGGAUGGUUAAAACUUGCUGGUGUAGGUCAAUAUGUUUACCACUGGAUUGCUAGCUGGUCUGGGAUGAAACACCAAGGUGCAUGGCGAGACCCUGAGGGCGAACCCUGCCCUUUCCCGGAAGAUGACCGCCGGUGCAUGUCUGUUUACAAAGGUGGUAAAAUUGGAUUGAAUGAGACUUACUUUUCUAAGUGGGCUAAAAAUGUUCUCAAUGAAGUCAAAACAAGAAAGACGGUUGAGGUAUCAAAUAAGAGUACUGCUUCAACUUCUAGUUGUGCUUGUAGCUAAGUACUAUAAUCCCCAUAAUAGGAAACUCUUGCCUAAUUUU